CCUCAAGGGCCAGGGCUUUUUAUACAAAGUCACAUUCGUGAGCAUGUCUCAAAAACAUCUGUGCAGAUGUUUCCAGGUCCACGAUAACGUCGGAGUGCUAGGUUGACCUGGACUCACAGGCUAGAGGAGGACAUGGACUCCCCAGGCAAAGAGGGUUACAAGAAGUAACAGGGCGGUGAGGGGAAGGCGUGCGAGUGGCGGCAGGGAGGCGGCAGUGUUGCAGAGGUCCUGCUCACAGCACUGGUGCCGAAGAGCGUAGGGCUGUGACCAGUAGGUGGCACGGCCCAGCAGAGCGCAGUGGGCCCGAGGGAGGCAGCCUUUCCGCUCGAUGACCUCUUCCUUCUGGUCUGUGGGACAAAGGAGGAACACUGAGGCUGGGUGGCAGAAAAGAGAGGGUGAGGAGCCACCCCAAGAAGGGCCGUUGGACCAGACCUUACCUGAGGUGCCAACACUGACGCCACACACCUCAUCUUCCUGGCACUCUGUGAGAACAGGGUAGCAGGGCUUAGCAAAGCUGCAAGUGUAACAGUGGAGCCGUCCCCUGGUUGGGGAAGUGGUGAGACCUGUUGGGUCAGCGGAGAUCAUUUCGGGGAGGAGAAGGACACCGAAUGCGGUGCUAUGACUGUGAUGGGGGCCCCAGCAACUCCUGCAAGCAGACCGUGAUCACCUGUGGUGAGGGUGAGCGCUGUGGCUUCCUGGACCGCAAACCCAACCCAGGACAAGCUAAGCAACCCUCCGUGACCUUGGGUCAGCACCACCCCGCCUGUGUGGCCACCCAUCAUUGCAAUCAAGUGGACAUAGAGUCAGUGGGAGGUGUGACUUUCACAACCCAAAAAAACUGCUGCUUCGGAGACCUGUGCAACGGCGCCGUGGUGAGCUCCGUGACCCCUUCCUGUAUCUUGGCUGCAGCUGUUGCCACCCUGGCCUGGCUCUUGCCAUGACUAUAGAGCGAGCGAAUAGUGGGAUUGAGGGUAGGGAAGGGACCGAGGGAGCUGAACAUCCAA